AUGAUUACUAGCGCCGAUGAAUCUCCCGUCAAUGGUCAAGUGGGCAGUUACAACCAAACCAAGAUCAAGCGCUCUGAUUUUCCUGACGAUUUUGCAUUUGGUGCUGCAACUUCAGCUUAUCAGAUAUUCAUUGCUAAUAAAACUUUUAUUGGAUUGGCAGGUGGUAUUUCUGACGGUAGCAAUGGCUGUGUUGCUAUUGAUCACUAUAAUAUGUUUCGGGAAGAUGUGGCUUUGAUGAAGAAAUUGGGUUUGAAUUCAUACAGAUUUUCAAUUGCAUGGCCUAGAAUCUUGCCAGGAGGAAGUCUAUGUACUGGAGUUAGCAAAGAAGGAAUUCAAUUCUAUAAUGAUCUCAUUGACGCACUAUUGGCAGCAGGCAUUGAGCCAUAUGCAACUAUCUUUCACUGGGAUGUUCCCCAAUGUUUGGAAGAAGAGUAUGGUGGUUUCCUAAGCGACAAAAUUGUGAAGAAUUUUUGUGAAUUUGCUGAGAUUUGCUUCUGGGAGUUCGGAGAUCGAGUGAAACAUUGGAUCACACUGAAUGAACCAUGGUCGUUUAGUGUUUCUGGAUAUGCGAUUGGCACUUUCCCCCCUAAUCGUGGUAAAGCUCCAACUACUACAGGAGAGGCUAAAAGACAUUCUUGUCUUCAUAGAUGUGCAUUUAGAUCUCAAAUUGCUCGCAAGUUUUUGGAAAAUCAGAGAAAAGGAUAA